UGAUCCACAUAUCAUAUAGAUAUCACCGUUCAUAUUCAUAUAUACAUAUACAUACAUACCCAAAUUCUUCAUUUUGUUCGAGAAUUUUUGGGGGAAAUCAAAAUUAAAUCAUGGGUGUCGAUUACUACAACAUACUCAAAGUCAAUCGCACAGUUAGCGAUGAAGAUUUGAAGAAAGCGUACAAGAAAUUGGCCAUGAAAUGGCAUCCUGACAAGAACAUUGCUUCCACUGAUGAUAAAGUCGCUGAAUCCAAGUUUAAGCAGAUAUCUGAGGCGUAUUAUGUCCUCAGCGACCCCAAAAAGCGUCAGAUCUAUGAUUCAUACGGGGAGGAAGGUCUCAAAUCGGGCCAAUUUGAUGAAUCGUCUCCUACUUAUAGAGGCACAACCAAACCCACCUCGAGAUUUAGGUUUGAUCCGCGUGAUGCAGAUGAGAUUUUCGCUGAAUUUUUCUACGGAUCUGAUGCUGGCGGCGGCGGCGGUGGGAAGAAGAAGGGGAAUCCAGCUGGAGUGUUGAAGAAUUCUAAUCAAAAGAGUGUGAGGAAAGCGGAGACGGUGGAGAAUAAACUUAGUUGUAGUUUGGAGGAGCUUUAUAAAGGUUCCAAACGUAAAAUGCAGAUUUCGAGAAUUGUUCUUGAUGAUUCCGGCAAACCAGGGACUCUCGAAGAGAUAUUGCCGAUACACAUCAAACCAGGCUGGAAAAAAGGAACGAAGAUCACAUUCCCGGAAAAGGGCAACCAAGAACCCGGAGCUGCUCCCGGAGAUCUUAUCUUCGUUGUAGACGAGAAGCCUCAUGACGUUUUCAAACGAGAUGGAAACGAUCUCGUCUUCACCAAACGAAUCACACUCUUGGAAGCUCUCACCGGAAGAACAAUCAAGGUGGUGACGUUGGACGGCAGACAGCUCAUGAUUCCGUUGACCGAAGUGAUCAAACCAGGCCACGAGGAAGUGAUUCAGAACGAAGGAAUGCCAAUUUCUAAAGAACCUGGUAAGAAAGGGAACCUGAGGAUCAAGAUCGAUAUCAAAUUCCCUUCAAGGCUCACCGGAGACCAGAAAUCAGAUCUGAAAAGGGUGUUGGGUGGUGGCGGAGGAAGCAGAGUUGAUGACUAAUAUCUGAUCUGAAAACUGUGAGUACCUUACCUCUAACCGUUGACAAUGGAAGCACUAUCAAAUGUACAUAAAUGGGUAACUUUGUUGGUAUUAUCAGAGAGAUAAUUGUGCAUAGUAGAAAUACUUUCAAGUCUUAUUUGAUCUUAAGCUAACUUAAUAAUCUCUAUUAUCUGUAUAUUGAAUUUCUAAGUUUGGGGGGAUUCAACACAUUUUGUGUUCCAAGUUAUCCCUGUUCUUUGUUUAACUAGUUUUUUAUUGCCUACUAAAACCAUUAUUGAUUGUUCUUCUUUAUGCAAAAUAUGGAAAUCUUGGCCUCAUGUUGUAUAUAACGGUUUUAUUGACUUGAUGGAAAUAAAAAACAAUGUUUUUCUUC